AUGGCCCUUGUCCUCAUUGCCACCGACACUGACGGUUUUGGUAUCCUCAAGUCACCCUCAGCAUUGAACAAUGGUGCCGUUAAAUACUCGCAACUCAAGAAUGGCGCAUCCCUCUGUGGAAAAUCAGUACAAAAUCACUGGCUGAUGGUGGAGCCUGAAGCGAGCUCCUCCCGCUCAAUUUUUGCGAGCCAUCACGCUUCUCGGCUAUCUGUUCUGAGUAGAACACAAUCAAGAGCAGUCUGGAACUAUCUUAAUAUCAUCAGAAUGGCUUGGAAGAUAAUCAUCAGUGGCGAUCAAUGGCGUUUGGUGGGCGCACCUUACCCAUUCCCCAACACCUUCACAGCGUAUGCUUUGCCACCGCCAUCACUGAUACAACAACAGGAGAACAGAGGUGAUGUUGGUACGCUUCGAUCGUGUGCUCUGGUGUGCCGAUCUUGGGCACCUAUUGCGCAGAGUUAUCUCUACGAAACACUACGCCUCAUCAUCAAAGUUUCCCCACCUUGUCGAUUCUCUCCCGUACCCCGCAUCACCCGAAUCACCCCAGAUGUUAGUUCCUUGCGUCGAAUAAGGUCAUCCCAACAUCUCACCGCAUUCAUCAAGACCGUAUCGUUAGAUAUCCAUCCAUCGAAGACCCCUUGGCCUGGUCUCUCAAGAUCGUCGAGGGUCCACUUCCAUCUGUCGGAACUCUUUCUUACUUUGACCAAUGUGCGACAUCUAAUCUACGUCAACGCGAUGCCUCAAACGCCGUUCCUCAAAAUCAUCUCGGCUCCUACGAUCAUCUUAACUUCACGCAAGCUCGUCUCUAUCUCAGUCGCCAACGCCCCGUUUGAUGACUUGUUCAUCUUACUGUUGCAUGCAACCAACAGGCCAAAAUUGUGUCUUGGAAAUAUCACUUUGAGUGGACCUAGAGAUGGGCUCCGCAUCCUUCACCGCUUAACGUUCAAAUCUCUAGCUGUGUACGGUGACCACAUGUCCCUAGCGGACGUCGGCUCUCCCCUGCACUCGGUUCUCGAGUUCGAGAAGCUGACACAACUUCAUAUCGCAUUUCGCAAGACAACGUCGUUUUUCGAAGAUAGUGGUGCUAUAUCCACAGCUGAGACAUUGAUUCGACGAUUCAAGGAUACGCUGGAGACUCUUACUUUAAAUAUGUAUCUCUAUGGUACGCCUCACAUUGGUGCCAAUUGGAUUCAGUUCUGGCUUCGCGCUGCCACAUACGGCGAUUGGUAG